GAGUAGUAUAGUUCCGUGUUGGUCAGAGUCCCGAGCACGGAGGGGUAACAUUGACAGGCGGCACUCAGCAGUUCUCUCGGGGCCUCAGCAUGGCUCUCCUCCUUCUACACCAGUUCAAGCCAUUACCUGCCGACAAGCAGAUAGACACCGCUAGCUUCUUAGAGUCCGUCUCCCACCUACCUUCGUUUUUCGACUGCCUUGGAUGCACUGUAUUCUCUCCAAUCAAAUCUGAUAUAACAGGCAACAUUACGAAAAUUAAAAAUGUUUAUGAAUCAAACCCCACUAAGUUCAAAACAUUGCAGCAAAUGUUGGAAGGAGAGAAGGAAAUGCAUGGGGCUCAAUGGCCAAAAGUUGGUGCAACUCUGGCUUUGAUGUGGUUGAAAAGGGGUCUAAGGUUUAUUCAGCGAUUAUUACAAAGCAUGGCUGAUGGAGAAAGGGAUGAACAAAACCCAAAUCUCAUGAAGGUUAAUGUAACAAAGGCUUAUGAGAUUUCACUCAAAAAAUACCAUGGCUGGGUCGUACAAAAAUUAUUCCAGGCUGCACUGAGUGCUGCUCCAUAUAGAGAUGACUUCCUUAAGGCCCUUUCUAAAGGACAAAAUCUGAAAGAAGAAGAGUGCAUAGAGAAAAUCCGCCAAUUUUUGGUCAACUACGCCCCCACAAUUGAUGCAAUAUAUAUUAUGUACAACAAGAUGGAUGCAGAGCUGGAUUAUAAAGCCUAACUGACUGUCUUACAGACUUAAAGGAGUAGUCCGGCGCGCACUUUUCUCAUUUUAUCCCAUCCGGGCUGCAAAAUAAAAUA